CCCAAAUACCAGUGGAAACAUUCGCACGGGACGACCUCGACGGGCCGUCGAUGGACCAGACUCCACUUCUGACAUUCGACAUAUUCGACCUAUAGUGACGGGCGCUUCGACGCUUAAAUAGGACUCUCUGCAAGUCUGCCGAGGAAAACGGGUAUGGCGGAAAACAAGGACCCCGAGAAAGGCAGCAUGGUCGGGAGCAUCAGGAUGCUGGUCGUCAUAACGACCAGCAUUCUGGUGGUAGUGGCUGCCGCCAAAAACUCCCUGACAUGGCUCCUAGAUGAGCUACUGCAAGCGAGCGGUUGCUUCUGGACCAGACAGUACGAGUGCGUCUACAACCUCUUUGGCGGAGACGAGUUCUUGAUCGCUUCUCUAGGGACACUCUUGGUGUCGAUAGUGGUUUACUGGAUUCUUGUGUCCGGACUCCUGUUUGUUGAUGCCACUGGGAAGCCAUCUUGGAUUCACAAAUACAAGAUACAACAGGACAAGAACAUACCGGUGGAUCCGGCUCUGCUCAGGCAAGCGGUGACGGGGACCCUAUUCAAUCAGUUUGUGGUUGGGCUCCCCUUUGCUCUCGGGUACGCCUGGUUGGCUGAAAUGCGCGGGUGUAGCGCCUCCACCCGCUUGCCUGACUUCCACACCGUGCUCCUGGAGAUGCUGGUGUUCUUGGCAGCGGAGGAAAUCGGUUUCUAUUACUCCCAUCGGUUGUUUCACCACGGCUUCUUUUACAAGCGAAUCCACAAGCGCCACCACGAGUACACCGCGCCGUUCGCCGUGUCCAACUUCGACGUGCACCCGGUGGAGCACGUGGUGGCCAACCUGGCCCCCAUGGCCGCUGGGCCGCUGAUCGCCGGUUCGCACGUGGCCGUCCUGUGGCUGUGGCUAGCCAUUGGGACCUUCUCCAGCCUGCUGGCCCACUCCGGCUAUCACCUGCCGUUCUUCCCGUCAACUCAGGCUCACGACUUCCACCAUCUCAAAUCUGUCAGUAACUUCGGAGCUCUGGGCAUUCUCGACCGACUGCACGGCACGGACGCUGCCUUCAGACGGUCAGAGAAUUUUCAGCGGCACGUGUUGUUGACGGGAUUGACGCCUGCGUCUCAGCUGGGCCCAGCGAAGGGCAAGUAGGCGAAACACUUCAUGCGACUCCAAUGCAAAAAUGCACGCGUCAUGCGCAGUAAUAAUAACAGUUUUAUGAGAAACCCGAUUGUAUGUCCAGGCCAUUGCAAAAUUUUAUGUGUGAUGCAUAACAUUCGAAUUUAGUGACUUACACUGAGGUUGUGUGUAAUGUCGCCUUUGAUAUUGCCGCAACCUAGAGAAAGCAUCUCGUUGUAGGAUCAUUUGACCAACCGAUCACGCUCUACACCGAGUCACUUGGACAGCUAUUGUAUACAAAAUAUCUGGCCCAUGAGAAUUAUUUUCUGGCACAGCUGGAACACAAUUAGAUAACGCUUCCGCCAACUAGUAAUGUCUUUUGUUGUGCAGUUUGCUUUGAUUUCCAGUCGUUUUCUGCCCUUGCAAUUGGCACAACCGCAGCUCAUGAUGAAAAAGAACGUGUAAGCGCCUCUUCACACUUUACCAUUUUCUAGAGUUUCUGUGUGCUUGCUCUAGAUUUAGUUUCCGCUGGGGUGAAAUCUCUCUUCUUCUAACCUGUUGGGUAUUACCGUAAUUUUGUGCAGACAAAAAAAUGGGUGCAAGUGUGUACGGACCUUAAAAAAGAAUGCAUGCAGGUGGCUCCAAUAUUUGUUGCCUCACGUUAUAUUAAUCGGCGUGAUGUACUCAAAGUAGACUCCACUGAAUGUACUUAAUUAAACAAGCUUUGUACAUAAUGGGCAUAAAAUGGCAUUUCGGUGUCUCUUUGGAAUACUUGUAGACAAGCUGAAUGAACUCUCGAUCGUUUCUCUUUGGUAAAUUUGUUCAUGUCUGUGCAACAGUGUGCUUCAAGGUGAUGAGGGUUUCCAUUUAUAAUUGAUAUAAAAUUUGUUUAUAUAUUAUAUAACACAUCACAAUAUAACAAUAUAUCCUACAAGAAUAUUAUCACAAAUUAAGUAAAACGUAAAUUGAUACUUUAUUCAUAGAUACUUUGUAACUGUUGGACAGUUUAACUAUUCCUAUUGGUCGACAGCCUGUCACGUGACCAGUCUUAAUGAAGAAGGUGGAAACAUGCCGCAGAAAUGCAUUUGACAACGUGGUAAGGUUUCAUGCCGAAACAGUUGGACAAAGACAGAAAGGAAAACGAAUCUUCCCAUGUUUUUGUGUUUUUUUGUAUAUUUUUUAUUUCCUCUAGACCAGCUACAUCGUCUCAGUUUUCUU